AUGAAGUGGUUUUACAACUCAACAAAUAGACACCUUUAUUCUGCGGUCUCCAAUCCUGCAGCACCCAGAGACGACAAAGAACUUGCAUCACGUCGGCGAUACGCCUCAAAAAGCACAAUAUGGGCUUUCGUGGUGGGACUUAUAUGGUUCGCCUCUCUCGCCGCUGUCUUCGAGUACAGUAAAAGCCCACUGUAUAACUAUGACGCAGCCGACUACCGCACCAAGCAGUGCGGUAAAACGGCAGCGGAAGCCAGAGCCCGUGGCUGCCACUUUGAUCCCGUCAGUUUCGCGUGGCUGCCGGAAAGAUGCCUGGAUCAAGAGCUGGCAGAGGAGUUCCGCGCUUUGAACUGGACUCUGUACGCAGAUGCUCACGCCACGAAAGUCAAGACAGAGAAGGAAUUCUCCGAUGAUUUAACGGAUACGUUUCUGACGAACGAGAACCACAUGCUUCACUGCGUUUACUCGUGGAGGCGGCUGCACCGAUUGAUACAGGCUGGCAAGCCGCUACACUCGGGUUUGAGCUAUGAUCAUACCAAGCAUUGCGGGUCGGUUCUCACGAGUCAUAGACCGCCGGAGGAAAUCAUUACCAAGGCUCUUGUAAUCUAUCCUGCAUGUUGA